GCCGAUACAGAAGACUGCGCUGAUGGCGCCGCCCAGCGCCAGGAAAUGACUUCAUAUCUCCCUCAAAUGCACGAAUCAGUGGCGCGAAUGUUGUUGGUUUGUGGCGGAUGUGGUGUGGCGGACAUGACAGUCCUGUUGCGCAGGUUGUGUCAACGGUGUGUGACGUUUUAAAGUUAAUGCAGACAUGCCGCGCCGUUGUGUCGUGCCAGAUUGCAAGAGACGCAUGAUUAGUGUCCACGCGCUACCAAGGAGAUAUCCACAGAGGCAGCUGUGGAUUGAAGCGUUGUGGCCAGAUGGAGACGUGCCCGAUAACCUGGAAGGUGUAGCCGUUUGCAACGCACAUUUCAGUACAAACUCGUUUAUGUUCAAUGCUGCAAGAGCAAUGGGGAUCAAAUUUGCACGGACACGGCUGAGAGACGACGCUGUCCCUCAGUUAAAUCUGAACUGGAGCAGCGGGUCCGGCCUUUGUAAUGAUACGGGGGAACGGUAUAUGGUCACUGCUUCUUGGCAUGCACUAGACGACCAUCCUUACUGCUCUGCCACCGCUUACACCGCAUCUACUACUUCUGUGUCAACAGAGACUGAUGCGUCACUCAUAGUGACUGCAUGUAAAUCUUCCCAGGUGGGCUUCAACAUCACACGCCGUGUGUCGGUGAAGACACAGACAGACCCGAUCAUUUGCAAUCCGAUAAAGAAGACAAAGCGCCGUCGCAGAAAACGUCGUCGCUGAAACUCCUACGGACCAUGCAGGUUUGCCAACCUAGCUGGACACCUCGACAGAGUGAAGAACCAUCCCUUCAAAAUGGCAUGAGACGUCAACAGCAAUACAGACUGGGAAGCGCCAUUUCAUUCCUAUUUCAGUUCCAACAGCCAUGGAAGAGACGCUCAGUACACGGUUUUACAAGUAUAACGUGGAUGGUAUCAUUUCAUUGAGCUUGAGGAGGUAGUAGGAACACAGGCAGAAAACACAAGCAGGAUAACCAGAGGGUGGGUGGGGAUUGGGGGGGUUGAACCCCACCAAAAUCGUAAAUUUGAUAGUGCAACUGGGGGAGGGAACAAGGUGGAAGUCCCCCUCCCCAUGUAAAGCCUCCAUAGACCCCCUCCCCCGAAGUAUUUUUCUGGCCACCAUCCUGAGUAUAAUGUAUUUAUUUAUAGUUAAGCUCAUCAGAAUUGUAGAGAAUCUCAGUCGAUGCCAAACUCCAGGGAAUGCCAAGAGGAAUGCUGUUGUGAAAUAUUUUGUGCAGUGGUGGCCCUUGCUGCAGUAGAAAAGUAAGGGCCUUGAACCAACGGGGCGAGAAUGAGGCAUCGUUCACGCCAGUGAUAUAUCCAGGUCUCCACCGUACUUUGGACUCUGGAUAAACCACUGACACCACAUAAUCCUGGGCAUACCAUUAGUGAGAACGCCGUAAGAAGCCGUAGGACGGCAGGACAAAGAAAAUCGGAACAAAAGGCGGGGGUGCGCAAAUUCUAGUCUCCCCGGAGGCGAAAAGCAGAUGCGGGCAAUGAGUGUGUUUCCUCAAACUCAAGGCUACCUAUAUCGUCUGCUAAGCUAUUUGAGUGUUCCUUGCGGGCGCAGAUACAUGGUGAGCAGAUUUAAAUUGUUCUAAUGAUAUAGCUUGCAGAAUAAAAGGAUUAGACAUCCGUAUGAUAUCCGAACAUAUAAAAACCACAAAAAUCAUCAAGAACUGUGCCUUCGAGCCCCAGCAUAGCCUCCUAUGGCCGCAGCCUCCAUGCACUUUCAUACUUCAAAAGCCCACGCUUCCCCAUCCGCCCGGCUAGCUCAGUCGGUAGAGCACGAGACUCUUAAUCUCGGGGUCGUGGGUUCGAGCCCCACGUUGGGCGUUCACAUUUUAUUAUUUUUUUCUUAUGUUUUUUAUGAGUUCCUGCUACACAUUUCUCCUUUCACAACACACAAGAAUGACAUACUCGCACAUAUUCAAAACCCAAACGUUUUUCCCGUUUUAUCCGCAGCUGCAACGAAGUUGUAACAAAGUUCCCGGUUCUUUUCGUAUGGUUACGGAAGCAAGUCUGGCAACAGCAGCAGCGGUGAAAUGUUUGCAGAAGUCGCGUAAGUUCUGUAAAUGCGCGGUAAAAUCGGAAAUAAAGUGCGAUGCGGACUGUCAAUGCCAGAUUGCUUCCGAAGGCAUUGAGAACUGUUACCGAUCAAUUUGUGACACGCAGGUCCACCUCGUCUAGCGCCCAGAGUUCAGUUUACAUUCACUGGCCAUACUGUGAGAAGAGGUGUACCUACUGCAACUUCAAUAAAUACGUUAGCAACAAUGUUGACCACGAGGUGAUGACCAGUUGCCUAGUUGAGGAGCUGAACUCUGUACUGAGUGAAACUGGGGUGUCACAGAUAACGACUGUAUUUUUCGGAGGUGGAACACCAAACUUGAUGAAGCCCUGCAAUGUAGAAUCUCUCUUGAAGCACAUACUGCCUUUGAUGCCAGACGCAUACCCCGAGGUCUCUCUGGAAUGCAACCCCAAGUUUGGAACUGAGCAACAGCUAAGGGACUUCAAGUCCAGUGGUAUCAGCAGAAUAUCCGUAGGACUUCAGAGCCUUUCAGAUUUCGACCGCAAACUUCUUGGCCGUACCCACACAGCCCGUGAGGCCAUCAGCUUUGUGGAAGCGGCGGAGGAACUCUUUCCUGGUAGGACAUCUGUUGAUGUGAUUUAUGGCAGACCUGGACAGACACUGCACCAGUGGGUUGAGGAACUACAUAAUGUUUUACAGCUCGGAUUAUCGCAUGUGUCACUUUACGAACUCUCAGUUGAACGUGGUACUCAGCUGUUUAAGGAUGCUUCAAGCGGAAAACUGUGCCUUCCAUCCCAGGAAACAAGAUCAGAGAUGUACAUAGCAGCCGUAGAGGCACUAGAAAAGGCUGGCCUUCACCGCUACGAAGCUUCAAAUUUUGCAAAAGUGGGCCAUGAGUGUGCGCAUAACCAGAGAUACUGGAAAGGUCUGCAGUACAUUGGGGUUGGGCCAGGAGCCCACAGUCGGCUAGACUUCCCUGGACAUCGAGAGGCCCGCAUCCAGACGCUUGAGCCUGUUCCUUGGAUGCAGGAAGUCAAGGCCAGGGGUCAUGGGACAAGGCUCGUGAGACGACAGACGUCGUCUGACAGGCUCGGAGAAAUGCUUAUGCUGGGCAUGCGUACUGCAGCUGGUAUAUCAAAUGAGGAUUGGGUGAAGGUUCCAGGUGCACAAUCCCUCAUGAACACCUUUCAAGGUUCCCCUUGCGUCCAGAGCUACAUCAAAAAUGGCUUCCUUCGACUGAACGAGAGCCUACUUCAAGCGACGGGUGCCGGCAUGAAUGUAGCAGACAGCAUUACCUGUUCCUUGUUGCCACUUACGAUGGAAGAGAAAGAUGACACCGAGACUAGGAAAGAUGACUACUGGAGUACUACUGGAUGACUCCAUCCUUUGAAAGGAAGUGAACACCAUGUGUGAUGUGUAGUCACCCCCCACUGCUGGUCCCCUACCCCGCAGUGGGGCCUCCGCGGAGCACGCAUCAGCAGCAACCCAUU